AAAUUGGGUCGCAGCGAUACUAGGUGUAGACAGACUCUCAAAUAUUUUCACACGGUGGGAGGCUUUACAAAAAGAAGGCAACAUGUGUGACAUGGGAGCACUCGACAACCUGAUAGCCAACACAGUUUACCUGCAAGCCAGGAAGAGUGUGGAUGGCGAUUUCAAGGAGAUGAGAAAGAGGCGACAGAGUUUAGCUUUGCCAAGCCAUCAGCAAAGUGCUUCAGUCAAACAAAAUAUUGAUAUUAUCUACGAGAGUGUGUGUGAGAGACAGCCAAUUGGCAAGAAGUUGUUUCAUACGUUUACAGCAACUGUUCCAGAAUAUCAAGGUGCUGUGGAGUUUGUAAAUGAAGUUACUGACUUUUAUCUGGCAGAAGAUGGGGUGAAGGACAAUCUCAGGCAGAACAUCGUCACUAACUUUCUAAAACCUGAUUCGAAGAGCUAUCUCUCCUUCCUCAGCCAGGAUCUGGCCGAUAAAUGUAAAGAUGCAACAGAAAAGGAUUUUGAGGAACUCUUGCCGAUGGCUCAGGCAGAAGUUAGAAUGUUCCUUGCUGGACAACCUUUCCAGGACUUCCAAAACAGUCCGUUUUUCACCAAGUUCUUGCAGUGGAAAACAUUUGAGCGACAGCCUAUAACUGAGAAAUACUUCUAUCAGUUCAGGGUGUUGGGCAAGGGUGGAUUUGGAGAGGUGUGUGCUAUACAAGUGAAAACAACUGGGAAGAUGUACGCCUGUAAACAGCUGGAUAAGAAACGGCUGAAAAAGAAGCAUGGAGAGGAGAUGGCCCUCCUCGAGAAAGAAAUCUUGGAAAAGGCGAACAGCCCAUUUAUUGUCAGUUUGGCCUAUGCGUAUGAAACCAAGAACUAUCUGUGCUUAGUCAUGACCUUGAUGAAUGGAGGAGAUCUGAAGUUUCACAUUUACAACAUCGGAGAACGGGGAAUCGAAAUGAAGCGUACGAUAUUUUACGCAGCCCAGAUUACUUGUGGAAUCCUGCAUCUUCACUCCAUAAAGAUUGUGUACCGCGACAUGAAACCAGAAAAUGUGCUUUUGGAUGACAAUGGCAACUGUAGGCUCUCAGAUUUGGGGCUUGCAGUCAAAGUGAAAGAGGGUAAAUCCAUUACACGUAUUGCUGGAACUAAUGGUUAUAUGGCUCCAGAGAUAUUGAAAGAGGAGAACUACAAAUACCCUGUGGAUUGGUUCGCUUUGGGAUGUAGCAUUUACGAAAUGAUUGCUGGCCGAACACCUUUCAAGGAUUAUAAAGAGAAGGUCAGUAAAGACGAAGUAAAAAGAAGAACACUGGAAGAUGAAGUGAACUAUGAAAACCCCAAAUUCACAGAGGAGUCGAAGGACAUUUGCAAACUGUUUUUGGCAAAGAACUCAGAAGAACGUUUAGGGUGCAGGGGUGAAAACGAUGACCCUAGAAAUCACCCUUUCUUCAAAUCGAUCAACUUUCAACGGUUAGAAGCUGGACUUACUGAGCCUCCUUAUGUGCCAGACCCCUCCACGGUGUAUUGUAAGGACAUCGGAGAUAUUGCUGACUUCUCUGAGAUCAAAGGUGUUGAAAUCACUGACCAGGAUAAGCAGUUCUACAGGAAGUUUUCUACAGGUGCUGUCACUAUCCCGUGGCAGGAAGAAAUUAUUGAAAGUGGUGUAUUUGAUGAUCUCAAUGAUCCUUCCAGGCAGCAGGCUGGUGACAUAGCCAAUGGGUCUGGAGAGGCAAAAUCAGGUGUUUGUAUGAUUCUGUGAAAUGUUUAACCAAACCUUUCCUUACUUUGUCUACUUGAUGCUCUUCUGACCAAGAAGUUGAGAUGAGAAUUUACCUCAGUCCCUGAUUAAAUACAAAUAAAGACAUCAGUUCCAAACAACAGCACCACUGAAGCCAUGCAAUCAUUAAAAACCUUGCUGGACCUUUAGAGAAGGUGGAAACAUAUACAACUGGCAAUACUGUUGCACAGGGAGAGAGAUUCAUUUUUGAAAUGAUUUUUCUAAAAAUGGACAUCCAUUAUUGCUGUUGUCAAACUACAGGGUGUAAAGACAAAAGAAAACAUCCAUUGAAGGUGAAAAUGAGCAGAAAUGUUGCUGUCAAUUUCUGUGAUGCAUAACCAAAUAUGAAAAAAAUAUUUGGGCAAAUUUCACCUUCUGAGUGAUAUAUUAAAAGGGCUUACCUUUGAUCUUAUGGAGAUCGAUGCUUGGUUCAGUUCCCACUUGUGCAUUGAGUAAUGGUGCUUUGUACAGGAAAUAACAGAAAUCUAUUGAAUAAUCAUACCUCUCUCUGAUGGAUUACAUGAUAUCAAUUAAGAAAGUAAUAGGGAUGAUCACAACUAGGAUUCAACUUUGAGUUUUCCAAAUGAACAUCUUGUACUGCAUCGAGCGUUGUACAAUGCAUUAGCCACUAGUGACAAUGUAGUAAACUGAGAAUACAGGAGAGAUGAAUCGCAUUCCUGGGUUGCAUUUCUUUAAAAAAAAGUAAUAGGCAUAAUCUAAUAGAGAUGUGUAUUUUAAUAUUGUUUGCACGUGUUAAGGAAAUGCUAAGACAAAAAGCAAAGGGCACUAAUGUUUCUCCAGUGCUUUACUUCCCUUGUUAAUGAAUGGUGCUCAAUGUUUGGUAAUGAAGUAGACACAGAUAUCAAUAUUGUGUGCAUAUAUAAGACAUGAACUAUUACAAAUGAAGGGACAUGAUUCCCUGUAGCUGUGUUUCUUUCACAAUAUCUAGUGGACAAUGUGUAAUAUUGUAGCAACGACAGUAGUACAAAAUCAUUUUUAAAAUAAGCAAUGUUAUGUAAUAAUGUGUCCAUACUUUGAAAAGAUACAAAGUGAAGUUUCCUUCAUUCACAUGAUAUAUCAACGAGCUUUGAGGUUGGGAUCCACUUUGUGAAUCUCUGCCGCAAUGCCCAUCGUGUGUGUUGUGGGUUGAGUGGGACUUGGUAGAAGGUGGAGCAGGAUCUUAAUUUUCAUGGAUAAAGCUAUUUCCAUUCUAACAUCAGAAAUUCACUCAGAAUCAUUGACGUUCAAUAGAGUGGGUGUCCAUUUGUGCUUGCUGUCUUGAAAGCAAUAAAAAUUUAAGCCAAAAUA